UUUUAAUUGGCCGUUCGACGGCAUGAAAACUUCUUUUAGCAGCUCGAGUAAGCUGCGGUGUAGCGCGCGCGCGCGGAGUAAGGGGCACUUGCGCACGGACACCGGGGACCGGAGGAAUAACGGAUUAACGCGUCUUUACCUGUGGUUUCUGUCCAGAACAGCGGAGUUUCUGCCUCCUGUCAAGAUGAACAUCGGCUUCAACAGGAAAAAAGAUAAACCCACCAUGUACAGCCCCGAGGCUCUGGUGAAGAAUUACGUAUCUUACAGCGCUAAGUUUUUGGGAUUCACGGAGGUCGACCAGCCAAAAGGCACAGAUGUUGUUCGGGUGGCUGUGAGAAAACUGAAGUUUCAGAGGCAUAUCAAAAAGUCAGAGGGGGAAAAAGUUCCUAAAGUCGAGCUACAGAUUUCCAUAUACGGGGUCAGAAUAUUGGAUCCAAAAACAAAGGAUGUCCGGCAUAACUGCCAGCUGCACAGGAUGUCCUUCUGCGCUGACGAUAAAACGGACAAACGAAUCUUCGCCUAUAUCUGCACCGAGCCUGACACCAAAAAGCACCUGUGCUACGUGUUCUACAGCGAGAAAUGUGCAGAAGAGAUCACCAUCGCCAUCGGCCAGGCGUUUGACCUGGCGUAUAAAAUGUUCCUGCAGUCCGGGGGGAAAGACGUGGAGUCUAGAAAGCAGAUAGGAAACUUACAAAAGAGGAUUCAGGAUUUGGAAACAGAAAAUACAAAGCUCAAGAAACAACUUGAGUGUCUGGAGGAUCAGCUGAUCAGCACACGGUCGUCACCGGCUGGUAGCAUCCCGGUGAAAACCACCUCCACAGAUAUAUUCGACAUGGUACCCUUUACAGCCGGAUCUUCGUUGUCGAGGAUACAGAUGUGUGACGCCAAUCAGAAUUUCCAGUCACCGCCCCCCGUAGGCAAAAGUACAGACCUUUUUGGAGCUUUGCCCUUUGACCCCUUUACCUGCGGCCUCGCGGACUACCCUCCGGACGUCCAGUCCAAACUGGCUGAGAUGCAGGAGGGGUUCAAAAUGGGUCUGACUCUAGAGGGCGCCGUUUUCUCCCUGGAGCAAGUGGACAGUUGGUGCUGAAGGCAAACUUCGCUGCUUUUGACACCUGAACAGAACUUUAACGGUGUUUCUUAUUACGGUGUGUAUUAAGGGAUGACAUUUUGAGCAGACCGUAAACAAGUUCAAAUUCUUUCUAUUUUUAUAUUGCAGAAGGUGCAAGGUCUGUAGCGACACACACACACGCGCACACACACACACACACACACACACACAUCCUGCUGAAAAACAAGUCUGUCGUAUUUAUGUGGCUGUUGAAAUGCUUUGGGGUUUUUUCCUGUGGAAUUUCCGCUCACAUUUUUCCUCAGUAAUGUUUGCACUUUCUCUGUCGGUCCCCAGACACACACAACUGCCCUCCGUUUCCAUCACAUACUCCACCUUUUAUGCAGAACAUCUAAUAUUUGCUUUACGAAUAUUUGCUAAUAUUGUCCUUGGUAAACUCACUGAAUGUUACGACUGUUUUCCUGCUGAAGUUUUAUCUGUAUUCUUCUGCAUUAAAGCCGUGAUCCGAU